UUAACUAACAAAACAAAUUAGGAGUUUGAUCUUAAGCAAUAAAUGCUACAAAUAUAAUUUUAACCAGGAAUUGGUGAUGAUGAGCACAUGGUUUCAUAGCAAAUCAAGGUAUUAAGCAAGAUUCAGAAAGGGCAGUGUUGAAUAAGUUAUCUGGAUUCAUUUGAUUGAUCUAGGAACUCAAUUCUGCUAUCUUGUGACUAUUGGAAUUUUGUAAAUACUUUCAGCUUCUAAAAUCAGAUAUCUGUGCCCUAAGAAAACUAGCUUCAAGUCAUUUGUUCACUACUUCUUUUCGGGCAGCAUCAGUUUAUCAUCUUUGAGAAAAAUGGACUUUAGCCUAAGUUUUGUCACUGUUUAUCAUCAGUAAUGGGCACAGAACUUGUUGGACCUUGCAUCAAAGACGACUGUAUGGAGAUUCCCUCAAUCCCCCCUGGUUUUGAGUCACUUGUGCCCUUGACUUUAAAGAGGUCAGAGGAUAAUCAAGUUGGCAGUUACUCAAGCUCUGGCAAUGCUUUUGAACAACAAAUAGUCAAGACAGAGGUGGACUUUGACAGUAAUGAUGACUCAAAAGCUACGAAGUCCAUUACACGUAGGGUUGGAAUAAAGUAUAGCCAGCUUGAUCACAGUUCUGGUGAUGAACACGAAUCUCAGCAGAUGCAGCAUGUCUUGAGGCACCAACUCCCUAAAGGGAUCAUUCGUGGGUGUGAAUCUUGUAAGAACUGCCAAAAGGUAACCGCAAACUGGCGUCCAGAAGAAGCUCGCAGGCCCGAUCUUGAGGCGGCUCCUGUGUUUUAUCCUUCUGAAGAGGAGUUUGAGGACACCUUAAAAUACAUUUCUAGUAUACGUGCUAAAGCAGAAAUUUAUGGGAUUUGCCGCAUAGUACCACCUCCUUCAUGGAAGCCUCCUUGUCCUCUAAAGGAGAGAGAGAUAUGGGAGAAGUCCAAGUUUGCUACUCGAGUUCAAAGGAUUGACAAGCUUCAGAAUAGGAAUACAAUGAGAAAGAUAUUGCAAGUUAAUCAUAAUAAAAAGAGGAAAAAGAGAAGAUGCAUGAAAAAUGGACUUGAUAAUGAAACCAAUAAUGAGGAAAUCAAAAUCCCAGAUGAAUUUGGACUACAUGAGGCUGAUAGGUUUGGCUUUGAACCUGGUUCAGAAUUUACCCUGGAUGCAUUCCAGAAAUAUGCUGAUGAUUUCAAGGUCCAGUACUUCCGAGGUAACAAUAGUUCAGAAUCGGUAGGUAAUGGCUCAGUGAUUCAGCGGCAGGACUGGAAGCCUUCAGUAGAAAAUAUUGAGGGAGAAUAUUGGCGGAUGGUGGAGAAACCAACUGAAGAAAUUGAGGUGCUUUACGGGGCUGAUCUCGAAACAGGCGUAUUUGGCAGUGGAUUUCCUAAAACUGCUGAGCAAGUUAGUUCAGAUUCUGAUGUAAAGUAUAUUAAUUCGGGAUGGAACUUAAAUAACUUCCCUAGGCUUCCGGGUUCUGUUCUCUCAUUUGAAAGCAGUGAUAUAUCUGGUGUUCUAGUUCCUUGGCUGUAUAUAGGGAUGUGUUUUUCGUCGUUUUGUUGGCAUGUUGAGGAUCACCACUUGUAUUCAUUGAAUUACCUGCAUUGGGGUGCUCCAAAACUGUGGUAUGGGGUUCCAGGAUCGGAUGCCCUAAAGCUGGAGGCAGCCAUGAAGAAACAUCUGCCAGACCUCUUUGAUGAACAGCCUGACUUGCUUCAUAAGCUGGUCACUCAGCUUUCCCCCUCAAUCCUAAGAUCUGAGGGAGUGCCUGUUUAUCGGUGUGUCCAAAAUGCUGGGGAAUUUGUUUUGACAUUCCCUCGAGCAUAUCAUGCCGGAUUUAAUUCUGGCUUCAAUUGUGCUGAAGCAGUUAAUGUUGCUCCUGUUGAUUGGUUGCCUCAUGGGCAUAAUCGGAGAUGGUGCGGGAUUUAUUCUUGCUAUCUGCCGCAGAUAAAUUAUUUUUUUGGUACUGCUCGCGUUGAGACAGAGAGGGUCCGGAGAGAAUUCCUUAGCAGUUCCUCAACGGCGCUGAAGAUGGAGAGCACUUUUGAUGCUACUAGUGAGAGGGAAUGCAGUGUAUGCCUGUUUGAUUUGCAUCUAUCUGCUGCAGGUUGCCACCACUGUUCACCCGAUAAAUAUGCAUGCUUGAACCAUGCUAAACAGCUAUGUUCAUGUUCAUGGGGUGCUAAGUUUUUCCUUUUCCGCUAUGACAUCAACGAAUUGAAUAUCUUGGUUGAAGCUCUAGAAGGGAAACUAAGCGCAGUAUAUCGAUGGGCAAGACUUGAUCUUGGGCUUUCUCUAAGUUCUUAUGUCUCCAGGGAGAAUAAGCAAUUACCUGGGGUCAGUGGUAAAUUAUCACAUGCCUCUCAAGGAUCGGCAGUGAAAGAUAUGGGUUCCCAAGUCACCAUCCUAUCUUCAAAAGAACAGAAAGGCAAAGCAGAUGGAGCUGUUCCGAAUCAUACCAACUUUGUUGGCAGCCCAAAUUCUUCUCAAAAUUCGAAGCCACCUGUGGUGGUAUUGGCUCUGCAAAACAUGAAGGCAACAAACUCAUCUUCCCAGAAAGCUGAGGUAUCCAGUUCUUCUCUGGAUUGCAAGCCAGAGAACUCUUUGCAGUUAGCUUCUAGAUACAAGGCCUUGUCAAACCAGCUUCCAUCCACAAAGGAAAGCUUAGCUUCGGAGAAACAUGAAGGGAAUCGAUUGUCAUGUCCUGGUAGUAAUGAAGUUGUGCUCCUCAGUGAUGAUGAUGCGGGAAGUGAACCAAGCGAAGAACCUUCUGUUGUAAAGGAGGCAUCUGAGAAGCAUACAGUAGGAAUUCAGAAGCAAGUUUGCCCUGAAAAUAUUGGUUCUGGUCAUUGUCUUGACAAACCAGCCUCAACAACUGUCGUUGUUGACCAUUCUGCAAUUCUUGAGAGGAUGAAGAAUGGUUCUGGUUUAGAGGGGGUAAAAGUUGAAGACCACGCAAAAGGUGAAACGUGUCCUGAUACCAGUCCACAUAGCAGCCCUUGCUUUAAAAUCUCCAUACCAGGUAAAGGUUCUAGUGGAGAUGUCCCAAAAAAGGAGACUCCGAAAUGCAGUGAUGCCAAUGUAGAUGGUGGCCACAAACCAAAACAAAUCUAUGAAGAAAAAUCAUGUAAUGGAGAUAGUAAAAAGAGUGUGGAGUUAAUUGUUGAUUCUGGAGCAGUUGACAACAGUUUAACUGUGCCAUGUAAUCAGUCUGGCUCCCCAAACAUCUUGGAUAGAUAUUAUCGCCAGAAGGGGCCUCGCAUUGCAAAGGUGGUUAGGAGAAUUAAUUGUAAUGUCGAACCCUUGGACUAUGGGGCUGUGUGUGCUGAAAAGUUGUGGUGCGACAGUCGCGCUAUUUACCCAAAGGGAUUUAGGAGUCGGGUCAGGUACAUAGAUGUCACAGAUCCAUCUAACAUGUGCUACUAUGUCUCUCAGAUUCUGGAUGCUGGACAAAUUGGACCUCUAUUUAUGAUUUCUGUGGAGCAUUGUCCUAGUGAAGUAUAUUUUCAUGUCUCUGCUGCUAGAUGCUGGGAGUUGGUUCGGGAUAGAGUAAAUCAGGAGAUUGCAAAACAACAUAAGUUGGGAAGACAGAACCUUCACCCUUUGCAGCCUCCAGGGAGUCUGGACGGAAUGGAAAUGUUCGGCUUUUCUUCUCCAGCUAUCGUGCAGGCAAUUCAGGCUCUUGACCACAAUCGUGUGUGCUCAGAUUACUGGAGAUCGCGGCCGCUGAUGCAGAUCCCUCAGCAAUCUCAGUAUGCAGAAAGUAGCAGUGUGAAGAGUGAAGAUGAUGAAGGCAGGAAAAGGGAAAGGCGUGCUGCUGCUGAGAAAAUACUUGACUGUCUACUAAAGAAGGCGAGCUCAGAGGAACUACAAACCCUGUACAGUAUUACACAUAACAACAAUCCCACCAGCGAGGAGCAGAGCUUAUUAAACCGCCUUCUCAACGAUGCGAUUCACAAGCACCCCUAGUAGACUUCCUGCCUUGCUGGGGGCUGUAUUUGUAAAUGCUGAGCUCCAUUUUAGGUUAUCAUACAGAUCUGCUAAUUUUGAUUCUCAUUCAUUCCUGUGCCAAUAAUAGUAAUUCCAUUCUUUCAAUCGACGUGUUGUUAUCUGGAAAUUAUGAUGUUGUAGAUAUUCCAAAUUUAGUGAAAUACAUUACACCAGUAUCAUUAACAUGUACUAGUAACAUUUUAACAUGGGCACUGACAUCUACCGAACCUGAUUUUGUUUUC